AUGGCGACCAGUAUUUCUCGAAGCCGGGCUUUGGCCUCAGCUCUACGACCCGUGAAGCCUUCCGUCCAGGUCCGCAACGAUCAAGCAAUUCGCUGCUUGUCCAACACGGCUCGUCAAUAUGUCGCAAUGCCCAAGGAAAGCCCCAACCUGCGAAAGGCCCCUCGCGAUCAAAUCGGCUCCCUCAAGGCCCCUAUCGUCAACCCUGCCGACAAGUACCAGAGCAAGUCUGACAACAUGCACCGUUACGGUGCCUGGUUGAUGGGCUGCCUUCCCAAGUAUAUCCAGCAGUUCUCCGUCUGGAAGGACGAGCUCACCAUCUACAUCUCUCCCUCGGGUGUCUACCCUGUCUUCAGCUUCCUCAAGUACAACACUGCUGCUGAGUUCACCCAGGUCAGCACAGUCACUGCUGCCGACUACCCCACGCGCGAAAACCGAUUCGAAAUUGUCUACAACCUUCUCUCGGUCCGCCACAACUCCCGAAUCCGUGUCAAGACCUACGCCGAUGAGGCUUCUCCUGUCCCCAGUAUCACCGGACUGUUUGACGGUGCCAACUGGUACGAGCGAGAGGUGUACGACCUUUACGGUGUCUUCUUUGCUGGUCACCCCGAUCUCCGACGAAUCAUGACUGACUACGGUUUCGAGGGUCACCCUCUGCGCAAGGAUUUCCCCUUGACUGGUUACACUGAAAUUCGAUACGACGAGGAGAAGAAGCGUAUCGUCACCGAGCCUCUGGAGCUCACCCAGGCCUUCCGUAACUUUGAGGGUGGUUCCAGCGCCUGGGAGCCUGUUGGAGCCGGACAGGACCGCACACCCGAGUCGUUCAAGCUGCCAACACCCAAGCCUGAGGAGAAGACGGAGGAGAAGAAAUAA